AUGUCGAUGAGCCCUAAGCAUACGACUCCUUUUUCUGUAUCCGAUAUCUUAAGUCCUCUUGAAGAGAGCUACAAAAAAGUGAGUAUGGAGGGGAACAACUUGGGGGCUCCUCUUGCCUCGUACAGACAACCCCAAGUCACGCAAGCGGCGAUGCAGCAGCACCACAUGGGCCACAAUGGAACAGUACCCGCUGCCUACCACAUGACUGCAGCUGGAGUUUCCCAGCUGUCACAUACAGCCAUGGGGGGCUACUGUAACGGGAAUUUGGGCAACAUGAACGACCUGCCGGCCUAUCAAGACGGCAUGAGAGGCAGCACGACGGCCACCAGCUGGUACGGAACGAAUCCAGACCCACGCUUCUCCACAAUCUCUCGUUUCAUGGGCGCCUCGUCUGGUAUGAAUAUGGGCGGUAUGAGCACACUGAGUUCACUGGCGGAUGUUGGCAAAGGCAUGGGUCCGCUGACCAGCACGCCUCGCAGGAAGAGACGAGUACUCUUCUCCCAGGCGCAGGUGUACGAGCUUGAGCGACGCUUCAAGCAGCAGAAGUACCUCUCCGCGCCGGAAAGGGAACAUCUGGCCAGCAUGAUUCACUUGACUCCGACUCAAGUUAAAAUUUGGUUUCAAAACCACCGAUAUAAAAUGAAGAGGCAGGCCAAGGACAAAGUGUCCCAGCAGCAAUUGCAACAAGACAAUGGCUCCUGUCAGCAGCAGCAACAGUCUCCACGGCGGGUGGCCGUGCCAGUGUUGGUGAAAGACGGAAAGCCAUGUCAGGGCAGCAGCCAUACACCCAACACUGGUGUACAAAACCACCAUCACCAGGGGGGAAACGUCAUGAUUAUGUCCAAUAACACUUCUUCAAUGGGCCAGCAUCAAAGCCAGCAGGUAGGCAGCGCCGGCCAGUCCCCAGAUCUGGGUCAACACGCUGCAAGCCCCCCAUCUCUCCAAACCCAAGUAUCCGGCCUGUCGCACCUGAACUCUUCCGGUUCCGAGUAUGGAGCUGCCUUGCCCUGCUCCGCUCUGCUCUAUGGCAGGACGUGGUGACAUCGGAACAGACAAUAACACGAUAACAAAAUGACAGGUGGAUGCAGAUAAUCUGUAUACCCUGCUCAAAAAGAGCAUGAGAACAGUGGGUGCGCUCUGAAAUCAUUGUCUCCUUUCUGGAGGGAGACAUGGCAAGGCUACGAGCAACACGAGGAUUGCCAAAUGUCAAAGGUAUCGAAUCUUUUAUUUUGAGGAUGAGCGCCAAAACACCAUUAAGAAGAUGGAAUUAUUUAUAUACGCUAGAUUUUAAAUGGAGACUGAUUUAAACACUAAAAUCAAAUAUUCUGUCAUCCUGUUGGAUUUUAAAAACAUGU